CCCAGCGUCCCGCCGUCCCUCCCUAAUUUAUUUCUCCCCCAGUGGAGGAAUCUGCAUGCCGACUCACGCCGUCUCGCCAUCCGCAGUGCUUAAGUAGAAAAUAAAUAAGGAAAAAAAUAAAAGGACAGCACACCCUCACGGCGUGGAAGUUAUUACUAAUGGGAUUGAAGUUCAAUUUGCUACUCAAGGAAAAACCGCAGUUUAGUCAGCCUCAACCGUGGAGCUGGUCGUCGGCGAUUCGAGUACGGGGAUGAUCAGAAUUUUCCCGGAUUUCAGCGUACAAGUAACGGCAGCAACUGGUGGAGGAGGCGGUGCGGUUACUGCAGCACCUGGAGUGGGAAGAGCUGCUGCCGCUGCCGCCGCCGCCAGCGCUGCUAAUGGGACACCCCAGGACGUGGGGCUCACAUCUUACCAGCAACGAGGACCUUCAUUCUGCUACCAAGCUUCAGUCAUGCCAAGUUUACAAGCCUUGCGGAAGGAGAAAUCUCGAGAUGCAGCCCGAUCUCGCCGAGGAAAAGAAAACUUUGAGUUCUACGAAUUGGCAAAACUACUGCCACUCCCAGCAGCUAUUACAAGCCAGUUAGAUAAGGCAUCAAUAAUUCGCCUUACCAUUAGUUAUCUGAAAAUGAGGGACUUUGCGAACUUAGGUGAUCCGCCCUGGAAUUUAAGGAUGGAGGGACCCCCACCUAAUACAUCUGUGAAAGCUUUAGGAGCACAGCGUAGGAGAAGUCCAAGUAACAUCGCUAUCAAUAUGUUUGAACGGAAUUUGGGAAGCCAUAUUCUACAGUCUUUGGAUGGAUUUGUAUUUGCACUAAAUCAAGAAGGAAGAUUUUUGUACAUCUCUGAAACUGUCUCUAUCUAUUUGGGCCUUUCACAGGUGGAACUGACAGGCAGCAGUGUGUUUGAUUAUGUCCACCCUGGAGACCAUGUGGAGAUGGCAGAGCAACUGGGCAUGAAACUUCCCCCAGGGCGAGGCAUUCUCUCACAGGGUACCGCAGAGGAUGGAGCCAGCUCAGCAUCUUCGUCCUCACAGUCUGAGACCCCUGAGCCAGAAUCCACCAGCCCAACUUUACUGAAUAUCGACAACAGCUUGGAACGAUCAUUUUUUAUCAGAAUGAAGUCAACACUGACCAAGCGGGGAGUUCAUAUCAAAUCAUCAGGCUAUAAGGUCAUUCAUGUAACAGGACGGUUAAGGUUGCGAGUUUCUCAUUCCCAUGGACGUGUACUACCCACUCAAAUCAUUGGUCUAGUUGUUGUGGCUCAUGCUUUGCCUCCUCCAACAAUAAAUGAAGUUAGGAUUGACUGCCAGAUGUUUGUCACCAGAGUAAAUAUGGACCUCAGCAUUGUUUACUGUGAAAACCGGAUUAGCGACUACAUGGAUCUAACUCCAGUAGAUAUUGUGGGUAAAAGAUGCUAUUACUUCAUUCAUGCUGAGGAUGUGGAAGGGAUCAGGCAUAGUCACUUGGAUUUAUUGAAUAAGGGCCAAUGUGUAACAAAGUACUAUCGCUGGCUGCAGAAAAAUGGAGGCUAUAUUUGGAUCCAGUCCAGUGCCACUAUUGCAUUCAAUGCAAAAAAUGCCAGUGAGAAAAAUGUUAUCUGGGUCAAUUACGUUCUGAGUUAA